AUGAACGCGCUCAGUUUUCGCGUCGCGACCGAAGAGGACGCCGCCCAACUUCACCAGUUGGUUGAAACUGCAUUCCGCACCACAGACAGCAGAAAGGACUGGACGGAUAAUCUAGGUCUGGUGUCUGGCUUUCGCCCGCAUAUCCAAGAAAUUGUCGAUGUAAUCAACAAACCGGACAGUGUCAUGCUAAUGGCAAUGGACACUCAAAACACCCUUGUCGGCGCAAUCGGAACUUCCAAGCGCGACGCAAAUUACGCUCGUCUCUUCAGACUCGCCGUCGAUACGAGCCAACAGCGCGGCGGCAUUGGGCGGCAGCUUUUGGAAUACGCUGAAGACUAUUGUCAACGGACUUGGGGUGUUACAAUAGCAGGGUUAGAUGCCCUUUCGUGUCGCCAGUCACUUCUCCAGUGGUAUUCGCGUUGCGGAUAUAAAAAGACGGGCGAAACGACACCCUUUCCUCGUGAGAAGUUCGCAGAUCUGGUGUUGCCAGAUGAUCUCUGCUUUGUUGAAUUUGAGAAGGUUCUAGGGAAGACAUCUGCUGAACAAGCUGCAUGA